GACCAACUCUCAUUUCUCUAUCUCACCAAAUCAAAGCCCGACUGUUCCCGCUAUUUCGCUUUCUAUUUUUGAGGUUACUGAAUUUAACUUCUUGGGUACAAGAAAAAACCCGCUAUGGAUUCCCAGCUCUUGGUGGCCCUUGCACUCUCACUGGUUGGUGGACUGAGUAAUUCUGUAGGAGCACUGUUUGUGAUUGUUAAUCAGGCUCCCAAUUUGAAGGUGCUAGGGCUUUUACAGGGAUUUGCUGCAGGUCUGAUGCUGAGCAUAUCAUUCCUGGAUUUGGCUCACAAUGCUAUGAAUUCUAUUGGCUUCUUGAAAGGCAAUCUUUGGUUUUUUGCAGGUGUCAUAUUCUUUGCUGUUAUUGCCAAAUUUAUCCCAGAGCCGACACUUGCUUCUGUUUCAGAUGGGAAAACUAAAAAGAAAUCUGGAGAUGAAGGUGGCAACGACAUUGUGAAAAAGCAUCGCCGCCAACUCUUAUACAGUGGGGUUGUUACAGCUAUAGGCAUAAGCUUGCACAAUUUUCCUGAAGGAAUGGCAGUGUUCCUUGGGUCAAUGAAGGGUCUUCGUGUUGGUGUCAACUUGGCCUUGGCCAUUGCUCUACACAACAUUCCAGAGGGUGUUGCUGUUGCACUUCCUAUUUAUUUUGCAACACAGAGCAAAUGGCAAGCAUUCAAAUUGGCUACACUUUCUGGUUUUGCUGAGCCCCUGGGUGUUAUAGUUGUAGCCUAUCUAUUCCCAAGCAGCUUGAGUCCUGAAAUUCUUGAAGGCCUGCUUGGAUCAGUUGGAGGUGUGAUGGCUUUUCUAACCCUGCAUGAAAUGCUGCCACUGGCGUUUGAUUAUGCGGGGCAGAAGCAAGCUGUCAAGGCUGUGUUUUUUGGAAUGGCUUUCAUGUCUGCAAGCCUAUAUUUUCUUGAAAUGAGCUUACCCGAGGAGAUGAGCCUGUAGUCAUGGAUCAGCCAAUUGUUAUUCCCAGUGCUGUACAUUCCUGAACUGUCAUGAUGGGUUUUCAAAUAGUGCCUGCUUUUGUCAACUGGCAUUGAAGACCUGUACUAAAGGUUGGCUUACUUUCAUCUCCGCCAGCAGGUAGAGAGAAGGUAGCCCUGUCCUUGUACUGAUCCAUCAUUAAUAUAGCAGACAUGUACUUCACUGUUAUUGCAUUAUUGGAUUGGGGAAAAAAAAUGAAGAUUCUAUGAAAAUUCUUUCUUUUCAU